CUCAUUACGUCAGUGCUAGGAAAAAAAAUAGAAGGAAAUCAGUUCGAGUCCAGGAAGCACUUAUUAAACAGAAGGAGUUUUGUUCAUUAUUAGUAAUAUUUUCCUCAGCAAGAGUUCGAGUCCGUUUGAAAACAGUGUUGAGAGAUUUAGUUUCUCGUUUUGCUCUGAUUGUUUGCUCCGUCUCUUAAGGCUUUGUGAGAACCAAGUAUAAAAAAUGUCUCUCUAUCCAUCCCUGGAAGAUCUCAAAGUGGGCCAAGCUAUUCAGGCUCAGACAAAUUAUGUUGCUACUGUUCCUGCUGUCCCAGCCAUUGAUGCAGUUGCUGCUAUCCCAGAAGAAGCUCUGAGUGGAGGAGGUCUGUACCCAAACAUUGCAGAGUUGUCUGAUUACAUGGGAAUGAACCUCAGUAGUGAUGAGGUGCAACAGAACCUGGCUCUUGUACCCUCUGCUGGGAAUCAAGUUGCCAGUGUGUCUGGCUCUUCCCUUAGUGGAAUAAUUGCACCUGUGUCUGGAAACAGCAUUGGCAUCCGGAGAGCAGAGAUUAAGCAAGGCAUUCGGGAAGUCAUUUUCUGCAAAGACCAAGAUGGGAAGGUUGGGCUGCGACUGCGUUCUAUUGAUAACGGUAUAUUUGUCCAGCUGGUCCAGGCAAACUCUCCCGCUUCUCUGGCUGGUUUGCGAUUUGGAGAUCAGGUCCUCCAGAUAGAUGGAAAUAAUUGUGCUGGCUGGAGUUCAGACAAAGCUCACAAGGUUUUAAAGCAAGCUUCUCCAAACAGAAUUUCUCUUAUUGUUCGGGACAGACCCUUUCAACGUACUGUCACUAUGCAGAAGGACAGCACAGGACACGUUGGCUUCAUUUACAAGAAUGGAAAGAUUACUUCUAUUGUGAAAGGUAGUUCAGCUGCUCGUAAUGGACUUCUGACUGAUCACAACAUCUGCGAGAUCAAUGGGCAGAAUGUCAUUGGCUUGAAGGACAGUCAGGUUAGUGAUAUCCUAAGCACUUGCGGACAAACCGUAACUGUCACCAUUAUACCAUCUGUCAUCUAUGAGCACAUGAUUAAAAGAAUGGCAUCUGGGCUGAUCAAAUCAUUAAUGGAUCAUUCUGUUCCUGAAGUUUGAGUGGAUGCCCGUUGUACAUACCUCAAACGUGAUCAUCUUCCUCCUCCUCAAGAAAGGACCAGAAGCAUGGAUGUAAACUCUUCUCAACAGCAUCUGCAGUUGUGUAGCUUAUAAGAAAUCCUUGGAAAUUUUGAACUUUUUGUACACAUGGUUCAUAAGAGAAAGUUACUUCUGCUUUCAAAAUUUAUUUCAGCAUUUCUUUUUCAUACGGUGAAAAUACUCUGAAGUGCUUUCUUACUGAAGACCUAAAUGUAUGGCUUAAAAUCUUUGCAUAUAAAUUGACUAUUCAUAUGCAUGAUGCAUUUAUUUUAAAACAAUUUUUUACAUCACUUGUAAUUGGUAAUCAGUUCUACAACGGUCUUUUUUUCUUUCAUUGGUUGUGUAUAUAUUUGCUAGGUAGCUUUUCUAUUUUCCACACUGAAAUAACUGAAAGCUUGGAUUUAUAAAUUGUCUACCGUGUUAAUAGGAGCAAGCUUGGCAGGACCCCCCUCCCCACUUUUCAGUGACAAUGGAACCUCCGAUCUGUUGUUUUGUUCUGUAUAUAGUGAAAGGAGCUCUUCAGGUUGGCUUGCUCUUGAUUAUAACUUAAUUUGAUACAUUUUAAAAUCCAUUACUGUCUCUACAGCAUGAGCGCUGUACCUUUAUCAGUGCUAAAGCACCAUAAGUGUUAGUUUUUCUUCCAUGCACUUCAUUAGCAUCACUUAUCUCCGAGGUAGCUAGGCUGCUGCACUUAGAAAUUGAACCAAGGGAUGGUGGAAUACUACUAUCUCAUAGAUAUUGCUGCCUUUGCAAGUGGUGAUCUUUCCUGUCAUUUUACUGUAGCACUUUGCGGGGGAGAAAUGUAUUGACUGUUGAUUUGUUUGCUGCACUGAUCACAUGAAAUGUCCUAUAGCUGGCAUGUAUUAUGUUAUGCACCCAUGUACUGUACCAGAAUCAUUGUAAGGCAAUGUAUUAAACAAGUUUACUGUGAUCUUUUACAUUCCUGUUCAGUAGCUACUGUUUUUAGUUCCAAAUACAAUUAUUUUUUUCUCAAAUUAAA